AUUUGUGUUGCUCUUAAAUUCUCUUGUCUGUUAGAAAAUAUUGAGCCCGAAAAUGGCUGCAGCAAGUCUUAUUCGAAGUGCUUUUAGUGGAUUAUUGCGAAAAUCCACCACAAUUAAAACUCCGGUGGCGUGCCGGCUGUUCACAGUAGCUUUGCAACAAAAAUAUCACACGGUAAAAACUAUCGCAAAUCUAUACAAUACUUCUGACUUACAGAAUGGGAAGCCGCAAUUCGUGCGCAACUACAGCCAUGGCCCUCCACUAACCAUUGAUAUUAUUAAAAGUAGAGUGCUUCUAGUUCUACAACUUUUUGAUAAAGUUAAUCCUGAGAAGCUUUCCUUGGAAUCACAUUUUAUUCAAGACUUAGGUCUUGAUUCACUUGACCAUGUAGAAGUUAUUAUGGCAAUGGAAGACGAAUUUGGCUUUGAAAUCCCUGAUGGAGAUGCGGAGAGACUCCUAAAACCUAAAGACAUAGUUCAAUAUAUUUGCGAUAAAGAAGACAUAUUUGAAUAAAUUUUUAGAUCUUGAAAUUUUGAUUUGGUCUACAAUUCAGCAUAGUACCUAGAUUUGUUUUAAUUUUAAAAAAACAAGCACUGAAUGUCUGAACAUCAAGAGAUGUAAAAAUGUACAUUGUUUAUAUUUCAUUAUAUGCCUGUUAGAGUAGA